AUGAUGAUCAAAGCUGGAUCCACUCUAGGUGGGAUGAAGGGGGAGCAUCUGGCGCUGAGGAGGGCUGGGGGGACCGUCGACCCGAACUCCAGGCAGCAGAUUGCGCGGAGGGAGGGUAGCCAGUGGCGGUACGUCUACAGAGACGCCACUAUUGCUCUCUGGAAGAAGUUUGGCCGAGACGAGAAGAAGCCGGGCUUUGUCUUGGAGAAGCUGGUUUCUCAUAUGGCGCAAAAGUUCCUCCCUCGCUUCCGAGAUGCAAGGGCUCGAGAUCUUGGCAGUUCCAUUGGAAUUGUCGAGAUCAAUGCUACCGAGCCAAUUAAUAUCGCCAUUCUCAACGAGGUUGAGAGAGUUCUCGCCAGAGAGUCCCCGCCCGCCCCAGCAUCCUCCCACGAACCAUCUUCCUCUCCCGCUCGACGCUUCUCUCCUUCGCCCGAUCCUUUGUUGUACAAAGGCAAAGGCAAGGCAAGAGCAGCCACUCCUCUGUCCGAGAGCGAGGACGGCUUUUUCAUGGAGCUGCUCGCGGAAGACGAUGCCGGCAGCUGGCAGCCUUACGCCAAGGAAGUUUGGGACCGCGCAGGAUCUCUCGGCAUCCAGCCUGAAGCCUCCACUUCCCGGGCUGCUCGCCAACUCUCUUCCUCUCCACUCAUCCCACCACCUACAUCUCCACUCGCCUCCCUCUCUCACCCUCCCACCAUCUCCUACAAGGGCAAAGGCAAGGAGAGGGCAGUUGAUCCUCGCCCCGACGCCAGCCCUGCUCCCAAUCCCCGUCAACCUUCCGCCUCAACCCCGAGGCUUUCACCCUCUCCCUUGUUGGCUUUUCCCAGGACCAAUAGGGGUCUCUUCAGGAGACAGCGGAGGAUCGAGAGCGAGAGUGAGGAGGAGGACGUGUCCGAUGGUAUUGCGGCGCAUGGUACGGCCGAAGACCCAAUUCAAUUGAUAGCGAUUCUCCCUCCCCGCCCCCAGCGGCCUUCUCGUAGUCCCCCCAAGCCUGCUUUGCUCAAUCGGCGCAGCUUUCACACUGACGUUGAUCGUCAAGAGGCCGGCUACCGGGAUAUACGGGACAUGUUUAAGGGAAGGAAGAGGUAG